AUGGCCGCGCUCUUGAGAUCAGCCCGGUUCCUCAGAUCUUCACCUUCUAGCUUGCUACAAAUCGCUGGGACAAGAAGAAAUGGAUCGCCACUCAGUCGGCUGUAUAGCGGAAGUGUCGGUGUUGGCAGGACAGGGGUUUUGAGGCAAUAUAAACGCCCGACUGUGCAAAACGCCUCCAGUCCUGUGUGGCCACAUGCAGCAGGAUGCGUGCGCAGCUAUGCCAUCGCCACAGAGAAAAAAGACGAGCCCAGUAUUGCGGUGCAAUCUAAACAGGCCCAGCACUUCGACUGGGCUCUGGCCAAGCUGGAUAAUUCGGUGAAAAGGACAGGUCGGAUCACCAAGACCAUGCUGCAGCGCAUCUUCCAUGAUAUCUGCAGGACGGGUUAUCCUAGUGGUAACCAUGCCCUUCUACUGCUGCGUAGCUGCGGCUCUCUCCUCCCAGAAAUGGCACUGGAGGAGCGCACCGAACUGGCUCACCGCUUCUGGGAUAAACUUCAGGAGCUCGGUGCGCAGUAUGACGUGAGUCACUACAACGCUUUACUUAAAGUCUACCUGCAGAACGAGUUCAAGUUCUCACCCACCGACUUCCUGGCCAAGAUGGAGGCGGCCAGCGUAAUACCUAACAGAGUUACCUACCAGAGACUCAUUGCAGCAUACUGCCAGGAUGGAGACAUUGAGGGUGCCAGCAAAAUUUUGGGUUUCAUGAAGACUAAAGACCUCCCUAUCACUGAAGCUGUUUUCAACGCUCUGGUAACAGGCCACGCACGUGCAGGUGACAUCGAAAGCGCAAAGAACAUCCUGUCUGUCAUGCGGGGAGCUGGAAUCCAGCCGGGUCCUGACACAUUUGUGUGUUUGUUGAAUGGCUAUGCUGAGAAGGGAGACAUGGACAGUCUGAAGAAGACGCUGGAGGAGGCGGAGACCGCUGACUGCAACCUGAUGGACAGAGACAUCAUGAACGUUAUCUCUACGCUGGCCAAGGCCGGGCAUAAGCAACACAUCCCUGAAAUGGUGGAACGCUUGAGGCAUGACAGGGGCUACAUUCCAGGUGCGAUGAACUUGUGUCUGAGCCUAAUCACUCAGGGCCACGAUGACACGAGUUUCCUCAUCCUGAAAUCGUUUCCCAGCUUUAUUUCAGACGACUUGAAUGCUGACUCUGCUAACCUGGGAAAUUUCUUUCUGCGACAUUGCAUCAACAUGAACACGCCACUGGAGAAGAUCAGCCACUACUGUAAAGAGCUACGGGACGCCAACUUGCACACAUCGCCGCUCAUUUUUGCUCUGUUGUGUGCUCUGGAGGCAAAGAAGACUGAUUUGUCUUUAAAUCUGAUGAGGAAGCUCAAAGAAGAAAAUUUACCCAUCAGACCCCACUAUUUCUGGCCUCUGCUGACUCAACACAUCAAGGACAAGAACGAAGCUGGUGUGGUGGGGGUGGUGAAGGGCAUGCAGGCGCUCGAUGUCACCCCGGACCUUGACACUCUAUCCACCUAUGUCUAUCCAGCCUUCUCUAGCGUUGAGGCAGCACGACUGGCCCUCAAGGAGGCAGGCAUCUCAUUGGACUCUGAGCGUUUCCAAUAUUCGGAGAUUCGUAUAAUGGCUGCAAGUAACUUGGCUCAACUCUAUACCAUGUUGUCGGACCCCUCUCACCCCCCACUGGACAUGGGGGUUUUCCGCGGCAACCUCAUCCGGGGCUUCAGAAAAUCUGAUGACACGGAGAGUAUGGUGAAGUUAACUCAGCUGUUAUAUACGGACCAACGGUUCAGCAAAGAAACCGCCAAGCCUGCAGAUACAGUCUCCUACUUCCUUUACAAUCUGAUCGACAGCAUGUCAGAGAGUGAUGUGCAAGCGCAGGAAGACAAACUACGGAAUUACAUCAACCAGUUGCAGGCUAAGAACAUCUUCAUCUCUGCAAAUAUUUACAGAGGCAUAAGAAACCUGCUGGAAGCCCGCCAUGUUCCAGAGCUUAUCAAGGACAUCAUUAAACUGGUGAACCCAAACAAGCAAUUGUCAAACGGACUCGAGGGGAAAGUGACAUUUCUAGAGGCUAAGCUGGCCGGGCUAAAAGCAGAAAACAAACCUUUCUCUUCAACGUUGAAGCAAAUCAUCCAGGUUCUGGCAAUUGAGGAGAACCUAGAUUACGCCCUUGAGCUGAAGCAGCAACAUGAGCACGAAAUGACCGAUGGGGCCUACGCUAUCCUCAUCAACCUGUGUUGCCGCCACAACAAUGUAGAGGAGGCGCUUAACCUGAAGGAGGAGAUGAGUCGCCGAGACUCAUCAGCGGUGCUGGAUGCCAGUAAAUAUAUUGCACUUGUCAAGGUUCUCGCCAGGAAUGGCAGAGUAGAAGAGGCCAUGGACAUGCUGAAAGAGAUGAAGGAGAAUGAUGUGGUGCUGAACGACAGUCACGUCACCAUGCUCGCAGACGUUCUCAAUGUCGCAGCAUCCAAUGGCGGUGCCCCUGCGGUCCAACGCCUCCAGGACACCAUCUUUACUCUCGGACUGGCCAAGACUACCACCGCUCUCUGCACGCCCUUGAUCAGCGCCUAUAUGAACAGUAAUGACCUCCCCGGAGCUCUUGAUGCACUGCUUGAGUGUCACAGGCGCUACGGCCACCUGCCACGCAUCCAUGACAUCUUUGUCAGCCUGGUGGAGAAGGGAGACACGGAGCUCUUGCAGAAAGCCAUGGACGUGUUGAGCCGAGAACGUGGGGAGAUGACGAUGCUGUACGACCUGUUCUUCGCUUUCUUGCAGACAGGACGCUACCGUGAGGCUUGCAAGAUUAUUGAGACCCCUGGGCUUAGGGCAAAACCUGGGCGUCUGCAGUGGUAUGCUGAGAGAUGUAUUUACAACCAUCAGAUGGACGCACUGGAACAAAUGGUGUACUUGACCUCCAGGCUAUUUGGGUGUGACCGUGAUGAGAUGUACAGUUACCUCCUUACUCUCUGCAAGGAGACUAACGACUGGAAGAAGGCUGAAGCCGUGUGGACCAAGAUCCAGGAAGAAAACGUCAUUCCCCGGGAAAGGACACUGCGCAUGCUGGCCGAAGUCCUGAAGAGUAACGGCCAGGAGGUGCCCUUCGAGGUGCCUGAGACUUGGUGUGAACAAGCUGCUAACACACAGCAGGUCAAACCAGAAACACCAUCCAAACCUGUUGAAAUUGGCCCCCAGUUUCAAAUCCGACUUCUAACCCUUUGCAAGAAGGGAAAAGCCGACGAGGCCUACAGGAUGCUAAAAGAAGCGGACAAAAAAGGUGUGGCUUUGGGCCCUGCCUCAUAUGACCAUGUGAUCCGCGCCCUGCUGUCUGGUGGAGCUUUGGAGGAUGCCAUGGCAGUCAAAGACAUUGCCCAGUCUCAUGUCCCUGGCUUCCAGCUUAGCGACAUCGCAAACAGUUUGCUCGUGGUUUCGCAGAGCAAGCGAGGCCAGACUAAAGACGCAGUGGAAAUCCUGAAGUCAAUGCUGCAGCAGGACAACAUGCCCUCACCGUUCGCUAUUACCAGACUGGUGCAGGCUCUCGGCAGCCAAGGUGACGUUGCAGGAAUUACUGAGGUACAGACUCUCGUGGAGGGCCUUGGCACAAGCCUCAAUUUGUCCACUAUGGUGUUCACCAACAACAAAGCCCUGGCUUACAUCAAGCAGGGGGAUUUGGAGUCAGCAGUUGAGAUGUUUGAGGAGGUUUACACCAUGGGAAAAGGCAAUAGCCUCAGUAUGUCAUUUGUGUUCCGGAAACUAUUGGAGGAAGACAAUGAAAAAGCCCUCGACAAAUUGAGUGCAAUGGCUGAGCGGAUGGCCAACCACUUUGCAUGUUACAGACCAGCUUCAGAUCUCUUCCUAAAUCUUGUGGACUUCGAUAAAGUUGAGGAUGCCAAGUUCAUGCUGGCUAGAGUCAACGCCCUGGCUGAGCAGAAAGAAGUGCUGGUGUCCUACUUGGCAAAAACAUCUCAGACCCCAGGACAGGUGGGCAAAAUCAAUAACUUGCUGACCCUGAUCCCUGACUUCGCCGAGAAAGAAGUACUGUACUCGUACCUGAUGAAGUGUCACGCCGUGGACAAAGACCUGGAGGCGGCCAAGGCACUGUACGAGCGAAUGCAAGAGGAGGGAGUAGUCGUGGACGAGCUGUCACUCAAGCGGCUGGCGGUGCUGUAUCGCGGCGCAGGAAAGAAAGCACCCUUUCCUGAGCCCCCUGAGUCGUUCAAGUUCUACGCUGACAAAUUGAAAGAGAGCACAGUCAAAGCUUAA